GGGAGAAUGGCCAUUUCUAAUGACACCCAGGUCAAUCCUUCUUCAUUCCUGCUCCAGGGCAUCCCAGGGCUGGAAGAUGUGCACAUCUGGAUUGGAUUUCCUUUCUUCUUUGUGUAUCUUGUUGCACUUCUGGGAAACGCUGUUAUCUUGUUUGUGAUCCAGACUGAGCGGAGUCUCCAUGAGCCUAUGUACUACUUUCUGGCCAUGUUGGAUUUCAUUGACCUGGGCUUAUCCACAGCCACCAUCCCCAAAAUGUUGAGCAUCUUCUGGUUCAGCCUCAAGGAAAUAUCUUUUGGAGGCUGCCUUUCUCAGAUGUUCUUUAUCCAUUUCUUCACUGCCAUGGAGAGCAUUGUGUUGGUGGCCAUGGCCUUUGACCGCUACAUUGCCAUUUGCAAACCCCUUCGAUACACCAUGAUCCUCACCAGCAAAAUCAUCAGCCUCAUUGCAGGCAUUGCUACUCUACGGAGCCUGUGUAUGGUGGCUCCACUGGUGUUUCUUCUCCUAAGAUUGCCUUUCUGUGAGCACCAUAUCAUCCCUCAUACUUAUUGUGAGCACAUGGGCAUUGCCCGUCUGGCCUGUGCCAGCAUCAAAGUCAACAUAAUAUUUGGCCUUGGGGAUGUAUUUAUUUUAGCAUUAGAUGUAAUUUUUAUUAUGCUUUCGUAUGUGAGGAUCCUCUAUGCAGUCUUCUGCUUGCCCUCCUGGGAGGCCCGGCUCAAAGCUCUCAAUACCUGUGGCUCCCACAUUGGUGUUAUUUUAGCCUUUUUUACACCAGCAUUUUUCUCUUUCUUGACACAUCGUUUUGGCCACAAUAUCCCUCAAUAUAUCCACAUCCUCUUAGCCAAUCUAUAUGUAGUUAUUCCACCAGCCCUCAAUCCUGUAAUCUAUGGGGUCAGGACAAAGCAGAUUCGAAAGCAAGUAUUGAGGAUCUUUUUCUUAAAAGAUGGUUAA